UUUACUAGUAGCGCGCGGCGCCUGGACGCGCUUAGUCGAUUAAACGGUUUUAGAAGAUCAAAACAUUCUAAUUUUAAAUUCCAAACAUGGCUGCUCAUAAUUGUUUCUUAAAAUUUUCGGCCAGUGAUAAAUAAUGUGAUCGAAAUAAACGUAUCGUGAUAUUUUUGAGAUUCUCUACUGUUAUUAGUUCAAAUAAUUAAUUCUAAAAUUCUCACAUAAGUUAAAUAGCCAUAUCGAGAUUAAAAAAACUUCCAUAAUUAUACAUUACAACCAUAUCACAACGUAAAAAUGUCGAGCCCGCAAUCAGAGCCAGGCACUCCAACCGUCUCCUUCCCGACUCCAGAAGACACUCCCUCCCCCACACCAGCUCAACACAACAAAUUCUCCUUCCUCAAAAACAACGGACGAUCGAACCCGUUCCACAAACUUCGACCAGCAUUUUCGCGGGAAAACUCCACCGCUGACCUGAUGUCUAAACAAAUGACGACGAUGGCGCCGAACGGCUCGGCCAAUCACGACGAGGCAGCUGAGGAGCCGGCCAAUAGGAGCAAGUUCAACUGGCUCCAGCAGCAAAGGGUUACUAGAAACGCGAACAACCCUUUUGUGAAGCCUAGACCUUCACUGACGAGGGAAAACUCUUCGGCGGAGUUGUUCGGGAGAGAGAACUCCAGUGCGGAUCUCUUCCAGAGUUCCCGGCUGAACCUUUUUGAUGCUGCCCCCAAGCCCGAGGCUAGUAGUGAUUCUAGCUUUUCUUCGGGCGUCUCGUUCAUUGGCUGGCACCAGCGCACGCGGCUGGAGCGCGCGCUGCUCGUGCUGUCAGCUGUGCUGCUAUUGGUGGUUCUGCUCAUGACGACCUUCAUGCUGGCUCUGAGAGGACCCGCGUACCUGCCCGUGCCGCCCUGCUACCAGCCUGAGCCUAAAGAACAAAGCGACGUCUGCCUCACAAGCUCAUGCAUCUACACUGCCAACGAGGUCAUCAGGGCUCUGGACGAGACCAAGAACCCCUGCGAUGACUUCUAUGAGUUCUCCUGUGGGGGCUGGAUCCGGAGUAACCCCCUGCCCGAGGGGAAGUCCAACUGGGGCAUCUUUAGCAAGAUUGAGCUGGAGAAUCAGCUGAUCUUGAGAUAUGCGCUGGAAAAAGUGAACACCUCCAACCCAGCCGGCGCGGAAGCCAAAGCUCGCAUCUACUACGAGUCCUGCAUCGACUCCAACGAGACCAUGGAGAAGCUGGCGGAGAGGCCGCUGACCGGCGUGGUGAAGCGGCUGGGCGGCUGGCACCUGCUCAACGCCACCAUGAUCAAGCAGGCCAAGUGGGACCUGCAGAAGCUGCUGCAGGGAGUGCAGAACACGUACAAUCUGGGAGGACUCUUCAACUGGGCAGUUUCAGAAGACGAUCGGAACUCAUCACGUCACGUUCUGGUUCUGGACCAAGGAGGCUUGAACCUACCAACCAGAGACUACUACCUCAACAAAACAGCCAACAAGAAGGUCUUAGACGCCUACCUGGACUACAUGACCCGAAUAUGUGUACUCCUGGGAGCGAACAAAGUCGAAGCCAGAGCCCAGAUGGCCAAGGUUAUCCAGUUUGAGACGGAACUGGCUAAUAUCACGACACCUUCGGAGGUCAGAAGGGAUGAGGAGGGCAUGUAUAAUCCAUUUACUAUCAAGGCUUGGCAGAAUGAAGCGCCGUUUCUGAACUGGACCAUGUUCUUUAAUGACGCGUUUAAAUUGGUUAAUCGGACGAUAUCACCAGAUGAGAGAAUAAUAGUGUACACCCCCGACUACUUCAAGAAUCUGACUAAGCUAAUUAGAAAGUACACUAAAACUGAAGAGGAUAAGAAAACCCUGACCAGCUACAUGAUGUGGCAGGUGUCCCGCUCUCUCUCCACGUAUCUGUCGAAGAACUUCCGAGAUGCCAACAAGAUACUGAGGAAGGCGCUGUUUGGGUCUGAAGGCACCGAGGAGUCUUGGCGGUACUGCGUCACCGAUACCACUAAUGCUCUUGGCUUCGCAGUGGGCGCAAUGUUUGUCCGCGAAGUGUUCAAGGGCGAGGCGAAAACCCAGGGCGAGAUCAUGAUCGACAACAUCCGGAACGCCUUCAAGAGGAACCUCCUCAACCUGGACUGGAUGGACGCCGAGACCCGCAAGGCUGCAGAGAUUAAGGCUGACGAUAUCACUGAUAUGAUUGGUUUCCCUGACUUUAUCCUGAGCAAGGAGCAACUAGACAAGCAGUAUGAAGACUUGGUGGUCAGACCAAACCAGUACUUUGAGAACAACAUCGAAUUCAACAUGUACACGCUACGGAACGACUUGAAACGAUUGGACCUGGCCGUUAACAAAACUAAAUGGGGAAUGGCGCCACCAACUGUAAACGCUUAUUAUACACCGACAAGGAAUCAAAUAGUUUUCCCAGCCGGUAUACUACAAUUACCUUUCUACGAUGGUGAUAAUCCGAAAUGCGUAAAUUAUGGGGCCAUGGGAGUGGUGAUGGGACAUGAAUUGACGCACGCAUUUGAUGAUCAAGGGAGAGAAUACGACAGGUUUGGCAACCUAAAUCAGUGGUGGAACAAUGCUACAAUAGACCGCUUUAAGAAACGAGCUGAAUGUAUUGAGAAACAAUACGCAUCAUAUUCAUUAGAUGGGCAUCAUUUGAAUGGAAUAACUACGCUCGGUGAAAAUAUUGCUGACAACGGUGGUCUGAAAGCGUCGUUCCAUGCAUAUUUGGACUACAGUAAAACAUCAAAAGCCAAUGUAACACUGCCUGGCCUGAAGUACAACCAUCGUCAGUUAUUCUUCAUUUCUUUCGCUCAGGUUUGGUGUUCUGCGAUGACCAAAGAAUCAACAAAGAUGCAGAUUGAAAAAGAUGACCACACAGUAGCCAGAUAUCGGGUGAUUGGGCCUAUAUCUAACCUCAAGGAGUUCUCUGAAGAGUUUAACUGUCCAUUGGGAUCUGCGAUGAAUCCAAAACAUAAAUGUGAAGUUUGGUAAUCAAACAACAUUUGUAUUGGUGCGUUACGUUCCUGAAAUCAAAUAAAAAGAGCUUAUGCAAAAUAUUACUAAACAGUUGGUUAGGUGUGAAGUGAUCUGAAUGAUUCCUGGAGUUACGAGCAACCUAUUUGUAAACGGAUUUGUGUAAUCUAGCUUCCAAUUGUACAAGAAGGAGAUGAAUGGAUCAAUCUAGUUAAUGAAACGAAUAACUAGAAUUAUGCUAACGAUAAAAAUAUAGACGACAGAGCCACUGAACGUAAUUAUAAGUGAUUUUUGUUUGUCAAUGUCUUAUUUUAAGGGUAAAAGUAUUAUUAUGCUUUCUGAAAGCUUUGUGUGCAAUGUUUGUACCUAGUCUGUACUUAUUUAACUUUUAUUGAUGUUACCUAUUAUGAAAAGCCUGUAGUGUUUCGUUUUAACUUUUAAGUUAAGUACCUAUAAUAAUUUUAUCAUACAGUUAAAUUUUAAAGGUUAUUUAUAAAUCAAAAGUAACUAAGUGCUCUUUGUUAAGAUAUUUUUUUUCAUGCAGGUAUUCUGAAGCCAAAAUGCUGGUCAUUUUUAUGCUGAAAGUACCUUUCAAAUAUAUGUAUAGGGCUAUACUAAACUUAAUCUACAUACACCAACAUUGUCUUGCAGAUAGUUCAUAAAUAAAUAAAUAAUUAAAAAAUGUGCCAUGGUAUAUUCAUACAAACUUUAUUAUUGUAUGUAUACAUUUUAAUUACUUUAUAAUAGUGCCAAGAGGAAAUCAUUGCUUAUAAGUGGUUUUAGAGACAGAUAUUUCCUAAAUAUUUGUCUAAUUUUAAAAAUAGUAUAGCCCUAUUAAUUAUAUGGUCGUACAUUUUUGCUUUUAGUAUUAUUACGUGUUUGUGUAAAAUGAGAGUUUUUGUAGGUAUUUGAUGUUCUAUGUACUUGCUGUUAGUUUAGUACAUAUAUAUUACAUUUAAUUAUGAUAUUGUCUUACUCAGGAGUGUCCUAUGUUAUUAAGUAUCUUGGUAUACCUACAUGUAUUACCUACUUCCAUGAUUACUCUUAUUCGUAUUGUGUUAAUAUGUACUGUUAAUUUUUUAGUUACUUUUUAAAAAUAUUUACUCUUAGGUGGCGUCAACGACGUACGCACUACACUAGUAGGUAUUAUUUUCUCUAUGGCGAUGGCGGAGAAUCACGUACAAAUCUCCGCCUGUGGCCGCCAGUCCGCCCGCUAGCGUCGUCGUGGACGCGGCCUUAAUAAUCAAAUCCAAAUGUAGGUAACUAACAUGUAUUGUAAUUAAGAAAAGUAUUUAGUCAGAACACUGAAAGCCUAUUUUGUAUGUUAUUUUUUGUUAUAAGUAAGUACCUAUUUAUGUUUUGGAAAUUAUGUUUUUUUUCUAUUUUAUAAGUAAGUAUAACUUAUAGUUAUAAUAAUAGUACAAACGGAAUUAUAUUCUAAAAUAGUAUAAAUACCUAAUGCAUUGUGAGCUUUGCCUUAAUUAUCAAUUCAUCUGAACAAAAUAAUAAUAUGAUAAGCCACGUACUACUGACUUAUGACCACUACAACCGUAGUAAUAAAAUAAUGAUGAUGGCUGUACCGAAAUGGUAUGACAAUAAAAACGUCUUGUUAUAUUACCAGCCCAUAUUUAUGCCAAUUUCUCUCAUAAUAUAUAUGGUAGGUAUAGCAUUUCAAAAUAACUAUCAUAGUUUCUCUUAAGUAGUUUCAACAUAAUCAAUGGUAGAAAACUAUUUUAUACCUACUUACAUAAAAAUAAUACCAUUACCAGCUCCUUUAUUAAAACUAGUUAUGUUUGGAUUGUUUAUAGUAAUGCGAAGGCCUGUUUCACAAAGUCUGAAUAAGUUUCAUAGUAAGAGUUGAGCUUCACCAUUAAAAAUGCACCAAGCAUCAAAUUAAACAAGGUGUGAU